AUGGCUGAAAGGAAUUACACCGUAGUGACGGAGUUCUUCCUUACUGCAUUUACUGAACAUCUCCAGUGGAGGGUUCCUCUCUUCCUCAUAUUUUUGAGUUUCUAUCUUGCCACUAUGUUAGGGAACACAGGCAUGAUCCUCCUGAUCCGUGGAGAUCGUCGGCUCCACACCCCAAUGUACUUCUUCCUCAGCCACCUUUCCUUGGUAGACGUCUGCUACUCGUCCGCCAUCAUCCCUCAGAUGCUGACUGUGCUGUGGGAGCACGGCACAACCAUCUCCCAGGCUCGCUGUGCAGCUCAGUUCUUCCUCUUCACCUUCUUUGCCUCCAUCGACUGCUACCUUCUGGCCAUCAUGGCCUAUGACCGCUACACGGCCGUGUGCCAGCCCCUGCUUUAUGUCACCAUCAUAACCGAGAAAGCCCGUUGGGGCUUAGUCACUGGGACUUACGUUGCUGGUUUUUUCAGUGCCUUUGUUCGAACGAUCACAGCCUUCACUUUCUCCUUUUGUGGAAACAAUGAGAUCAACUUCAUUUUCUGUGACUUCCCUCCUCUAUUAAAACUCUCCUGUGGGGACAGCUACACUCAGGAAGUGGUGAUUAUUGUGUUUGCUCUUUUCGUCAUGCCUGCCUAUAUCUUGGUGAUCUUGGUGUCCUACCUGUUUAUCAUUGUGGCCAUCCUGCAGAUCCACUCUGCUGGAGGCCGGGCCAAGACCUUCUCCACCUGCGCCUCCCACCUCACUGCCAUCGCUCUUUUCUUUGGCACCCUCAUCUUCAUGUACCUGCGAGACAACACAGGCCAGUCCUCCGAGGGAGACCGAGUGGUGUCUGUGCUCUACACGGUGGUGACCCCAAUGCUGAAUCCCCUUAUCUAUAGCCUGAGAAACAAGGAGGUAAAAGAGGCCGUUAGGAAAGCCCUGAGAAAAUCAAAGGCUGCUAGAAGACCCUAA